AUGCCUGUGGUAUGUAAAGCUGACGCUUUGCACCAGGCUUCCAAGGAAGCCUUGCCAGUCCUUCAAGACCAAACAUCAAUAUCAAAGAUUGCCCAAUCGAACGAGGACAAGAAGAGCUGGGUCUAUACCUGUGAGCUAGAAGACGAUACGUGUGGGAACAAAAAUACUUGCGGACGUGGGAAGUUGGAGGAUGGAAAUACAGCACAUAAGUGGGUCGUGACGAAGAAAAAAUAUGAGCUGGCAACGAACUUGAUAGCAAAGCUACUCGCGUUCAAGGAGAAGACCAAGAAGAAGGACAGAGAUCCAUGGGCAGUGUGGUCACAUGUCGAAGGCGUGACGCUUUUCCUCAAUGAUGGCAUAGCGGAAUGCAACAUGUUCCAUGACUCCGAGGGAAAUGCAAAGCGCUCCAUGCUCAUCGGCACCGCUCUUCUAAUCACACUCGAGAUCGUCGGUGACAAAACGCUGUUCAAAUAUGAUCUUUCGGACAUUCGCAACGCCGGUCUUGGCCUAGUUCACCUUCUAUAUUUCGUGCACAGCAUGAAUUGGCCUUGCAGACUUAACGACAAUGGAUGGAAGUCCAAGGUCUUGGAAAAGGCUGAUGGUUAUGAAUUCGCCAUAGAAGGCACAUCAGGUAUAGAGAGACUACUCGCAGACAUCCGAGAGAAAUUGCAUAACGAACAAUCAGAUGAAGACAAGAAUGAGCAGUCGACCGAUAAGGAUGAUCUAGACGAUAUCACUAACUGCACGCUUUGCUAUAAGAGCAAGUCAUGGGGCGGUGUCGUCACGUUGAAAAGUCUCAAGCUGGGACUGUCAGUGCGGAAACACUGCAACUGUGUACUGGAGUUUGAAGGAUACUCUCGGCUCCAAUCGGUCAAGGUUGGGCCCGGCCAGGGGCCUGUCUAUGGCGGCAGGAUUGGAGGGAAGUUCUAUGACUUGACUGCGCAGCGCAAAAAAGGGGUUCAUCUGAAGCAAUAUCGUCUUAACGAGGGGGCGUGGUGA